AUGGGAAAAGUACGAUCUGCACCGGGGGCACCCCGGAGACAAGGGUUCAAUAAAGGAGCCCAUUCCAUGAAUCCAGAUCGUCCAAUAGAAGGGUUAAAGGGUGUGGCAAAGCCUAGAACCAAAGGUACUAUCAAGAGACUUCAGAUGUACAGAAACUUUAAGGCUAAGCGAGACAAAACUGGUAAAAUCUUAACCCCAGCACCAUUUCAAGGUUGGUUGCCCUCAGGCACCCAAGCUCGCGUAGAACCUAACCAAAAGUGGUUUGGCAACUCACGUGUAAUUUCGCAAAAUGCUUUACAAAAAUUUCAAGAUGAGUUUGGAGCAGCUGUUAAAAACCCAUACCAGGUCAUUAUGAAACCCACUAAUUUACCUAUUACUUUACUCAAUGAAAAAGCUAAAAAUGCAAGAGUACAUUUAUUAGACACAGAAGGAUUUGACAAAACAUUUGGGCCAAAAAAACAAAGAAAACGGGUUAAUUUAAAGUUUGGUGAUCUACAAUCUCUUACUAAGGCUGUUGAAGACAAUAUUGAAAAUUAUGAUGAAAUCAAAGACAUAGACAGAGUGCGUGAGGACUUGGGUGUGAAGGAAGGACAGAGGGAUUGGGUCUUUGGUGCCGGGAUGAGUAAGAGAAUUUGGAAUGAGUUAUAUAAAGUAAUAGAUUCAUCUGAUGUCCUCUUACAAAUCUUGGACGCAAGGGACCCAAUGGGGACUAGGAGUCCAUAUGUGGAAAAAUUUCUUAGAGAAGAGAAGAGACACAAACAUUUAAUAUUUAUUUUAAAUAAAGUAGAUCUAGUUCCUAACUGGGUAACACAACGCUGGGUAGCUAUUUUAAGUGCCGAAUACCCAACAGUAGCAUUUCAUGCUUCCAUGACACAUCCUUUUGGUAAAGGAUCUUUAAUUAAUCUUCUACGUCAAUUUGCUAAACUACACAUUGAUAAGAAACAAAUCAGUGUUGGAUUGAUUGGAUAUCCAAAUGUCGGUAAAUCAUCUGUUAUUAAUACUCUACGAUCCAAAAAAGUUUGUAAAGUGGCCCCAAUUGCUGGUGAGACAAAAGUUUGGCAGUACAUUACAUUAAUGAGAAGAAUAUUUUUAAUUGAUUGUCCCGGUAUUGUUUAUCCAUCUGCCGAGACAGAUACAGAAAAGGUUCUUAAAGGAGUUGUUAGAGUUGAAUUAAUUCAAAAUCCUGAAGAUUAUAUUGAAGAAGUAAUUAAAAGAGUCCGGAAAGAGUAUUUAGUUAAAACAUAUAAAGUUGAUGCUUGGGACACUGCAACAGAAUUUUUAGAAAAACUUGCUUUUCGCUCUGGUAAAUUGCUGAAAAAAGGUGAGCCAGAUGUUAGUCAAGUUGCUAGAAUGGUGCUUAAUGAUUGGCAAAGAGGAAAACUUCCAUUCUAUGUGGCACCAGAAGGGUUUGAAGUCCCACUAUCAAAGCAGAAUGAGGAUAUAUCAACAACAACUGAACUUGACAAGGAACAAGACAAAAAGGAUGACACUGUUCCAGAGACUGUGUCAGAUGCUGACAAAGACAAACAAGAUAAUUCUGAGAAACCUGUUUAUAUCAAUAAGUUGAUUGUAGCCCAAGAUUUUGCCAAAAUUAGAGUAGGCUUGCAGUUUGACAAUGAUGAUGAUGUUAAACCUCUUGAGCAAAUGAAUAUUCCUAAGGACCUUGAAGGAAUUGAUGAUGACAACAAUACAGAAAAUAAUGAUUCAAAGAGUAUUCAUGAGGAAACUGUUGAAGAUCCUGACUCAUCAGAUAUUAGUGACUUUUAUAGUGAUGAGGAGAAUAAAUGUAGUGAUGUGGAAGAUCAUUUAACAAAUGAUGCAGAAACAGUAAAAGAACUUAAACGCAAAAGGCUUGAAGCAGCCAGUGGUGAGUUUACUGUUGAAGAUAUUUCAGAAAAUCAAAAGAAGUCUAAAGCUGGUAUUGAGAAGAAAUUGACCGCUAAGAAGAGAAGAGCUAUCGAGCGAGCGCAAAAACGAACAAAGACAGGAAGCAACUUUUAUGAAGUAUCCAAUGUCAAAAAUAGAAAUAGAAAUAAAAGGAUACCUUUGUAA